AUGUGGACCAAUUUUGAGCUCGUUUCGUUCGAAGAUGAAACGUUAAAUAGUGCAUUUUGCACCAACGGUCUAUUCCGGAUUUCCAGUGAGGAGCUGGUGGAGAAAAAUCCCUGUAUUACUGGAAUAUUGCAAAACCGGCGAUUGAUUAUUUCUAUCGAUAAGACCCUGGUUCUGUUUCAGGACGAAAACCGUUGUAACGAUGCAAGGUUUUUGGACGUUUCCUGCAAUAUCGAGUGCUUUGCCAGUUCCGAUAGCGGUGAUCUAAUUUUGUGUGCUUUGUCCAAUGGAACUAUUGUUGGUUUUCAUGUGGGAGGAUUUAAUUUGUUCAGCUUAACCAUUCAUUCCGACGAUUAUAACCCGGAUAACACUUUUGCCGAGAUUCGUCAAAUGAAUGGAAGCUUCUUUGUUCAGUGUCGCCGCGGUCCAGUGUAUCACAUUAUGGUCGACGAAGACAAAGUGAACGAAUCAAUGAAGCAGUUGGACUCCAGUAAUUUGGACGUAACGCUUAACUUGGACGAUUGUGUUGUUAUCAAUCGCAUAUUGGAAAAACAUCUGCGCGAACUGAUUACCAGUUUCGUGCCGAUGCUGGGGUACGAUCUAGGAAAUGACGUAUCAUUUCCUUCUAUUGUUUGCACCAGCAAUGAAUCUGUGUACUUUCAAAGAACGAGUGCUUUUGAAAAGUUUCCUCUGAAACCGGAAUAUCGUGGAAUCAAAAAGAUUUUCAAUCUUUUCCGUUGUCUUGUAGGUCUAACUUAUAGCGGCCAGUUGGUGGAGAUUUGUCCAGUCGUAAAACUGGCGUGGGAAUUGGAAGUUCCAUAUAAAAUAGAUGAUUUCAUUAUUAUGGAAUGUACCGAAGAAACAGUAGAAUUGCUUUUGUUAACAAAACCAGAUGUUAACGGAGUCAGAUCGAUGAAAAUUGUGGACUUUCCCUCGAUGGAAUGCAAAUAUGAUCUGGAGAUGGCCGAGCACGUGUGGCUGGUUCAACAACCAAAAAGUGCGGUCAAUAUUUAUUACAUCACUGGCAAUGCCAAAGAUAAACAGCACGUUCAAGAAAUCGAAAUGAAGAUAUUAUCAGAAACGCAACCGUCCCUGAGAUUAGAAAAACUCAUACGCACAGGACGAUUGGACGAAGCCGAAGACUUUGCCAAACAGUUCGAUCUUAGUUUGCAGAUUAUUUAUCAAGCGAAAGUUCGAUUGCUCCUAGCACAGAUGGCUAGCAAUCGGCAUGUUUCCGACGGAACGCAUCAGCACACAUUUGACAGUUUGAUGGAAAUUUUAAAUGUGAUUGAAGACCCCGCCUUUUUUCUCUCCAUUAGGCUAGCUGGCAUUCCUGAAAGAAAUAUGAAGAAACGAUUUCUGCAAUUUUUACAACAGAAAAUUGACAAAAAUCGCCCAGAAAUUGCCGAUAUUACGGAACAACUGCUUCGUUUGGAUACUCUAAAACUAAUCGACCCGUACGAGGUAGAUGCAGAAUGGCAAAACUUUAUUUUUCAUCAAAACCUUACUAAGCAUUGCAUCGAACUGUUCAAAACCGAUAUGCAGGCAGCAUGUUUGAUCUGGUCCCGCCACAUCUCGUCGUUUAUUUUGCACAUGGACUCGCUGAAAAUAACGAGUCUGCUAAAAUCUAUACCUGAAGGUACCCCACCAUUGCAGCUGAUCCAGUGGCUAAUGCAUUUCGUGCCUCCAAUCCUGCAACAUCUACCCCAAAUGAUGCGUAUUCUUGUAACGUUUGUAAUUGGAAAAACCAAAGCGCUGCAAUUUGCUCCUUUCUGGCCGAAAGUAGGACUUACCUUCAUCGAUGAUGUUAUUGCAAUUUUUAAGGAUGUAAAAUUCCCUAUCAUGGAUAUGCGAUUGCAGUAUGAAACUAACAUGGAAGAGAUGGAGAUGCUUAGUGAUACGCUCAAAGAUCUCACGUUAUUAAAGGAAAACUUCAACCUUACUGCCAACAUUGACAACUAUCUCCAGGAAACUAAAGAACACACCGCCUUCCGGUUGCUGCAGACUGUACAACUUUCGAAUCUGAAACGAAUCGUGACUGAGUUUCUGUACCCAAUGUUCGUCGGCCAAGAAACUCAGCUACAAAAAUCCAUUACGCAAUACAUUCAAUUUCUGAUAUCCAACCAAAACAUUAGCUACUGGGAGGAACGAUGCAUCAUUCUGGUUGAGGUACUUCACAACGAAGCCGUAAAGUUGAACGUUAUAUUGGACAUCCUGAAGUCAUCUCCUGUGCCGUGGUCCAAAACGAUUACUCCAUUAGUGAAGUACGCUAAUUCCGAUCAUCCGAUUGCUGCGCAGAUAUUGCUUGAGCAACGUACACAGGUAGUUAAAAUCAUAAAAGUGAAAUACGGAUGGGCAGCAAAGAGCCAAGGGUGUUUACGAAUGUUGGCUAAUCGUGUGCUAAAGAUGCGCGAUGCUAACAUGCUACAGGAUAUAAAGGAAUUAACUGAGUCGGCUCCCGAAAUCGCCUAUGCGGUAGACAUGAAUGUGAUGUUACGGCUGGCAGAAUAUGGAGAAUUUUUAGCGGCUGUGCGCUAUAUCGACGACUUGCCGGAACAACGCAAGCUUGAUUGUAGCCGUUCCGUGGUGGAAACAAUUAUGCACAUGCUUGAUGAAAUUACCGGUCUCGAGACGUACUUUGAAAACUAUAUUGAACUGCUACAUUUACUGAAAUCACGCUGUCCUCCCAUGAGCCAGCUGGAAAUACAGGAAAUACUUUAUAUAGUCAACCUUCGUAAGGAAUUCAAACUAGAGGUUCGUCGAGAUAACUUUAUCGAUGCAGGCGGUCGUCAGCAGCUUUUGCUUAGCGGCAUUCAAAAUUUACUGUUGCAUAUUAAUAGUGACCACGUGAAUUUUCUGCCUGCAUUAUUCGGAGGAAUCAAACGGUUGACAGAGGCACUAGCUUUUGACUUGCUGACCGGAAUAUAUGAAGUUUUGAAGUUGGUUGGAAAUAUUCACCUCAGUUGUGCGGUUCUAGCAAGAGUAGCAGAAAUGAUUGAACUGGACAGUGGUACGCAUGAAAAUUUACAUCGUUUGAUAGCUUUGCUUCUUACGCAACAAAUACAGUAUUUCGCCGAAUCAAAUACCAGCUGGGAACUAGAUCCAUUGACAUACCCUCUGGCUGAUAAAUUAUUAAGAAGUUGCUACAAAGAAUCGACUCUCAGUGGAAUCGUAAAACUAGAACUGUUACGGUGGGUUCAAUUGGGCAGUCAGUAUUAUGAGAUAGAUGUACUGGAAGAAUACAGAAAAAGACCUACUCUGCCAGAGAAAAUAUUUACGAAAAUGUUUGCCAUAACUAAUGGCAAAAAUGAUUCGAUGAGAAAAAGCUACAAACGAGAUUCCCUCUCAACCUUCGAUAUCGUUCACAUUAACGAUGAUGCCAUGGAAGGAAUCAAACAGCUGGACGAUCAGGAAACAACUAUCAAAUGCAUUGGACAAGCUCUGCAGGUGGUAGUUAGAGCUUUCAAAUCGGACCAAAUGGAACCACCACGACGUUAUUUGCAUGAACUAAUGUCGCCCAUCAGUCUGGAUGACAUUAAAAUGGACUUUCAAGUCACCCUAGAAACGUUGAUAAAACAUAAAAAGUAUCCAGCAGCUGUUCAGUUAGUUCAAUUGGUUCUAUCCUAUGAAAAGGAGACGGGGGUAAUAAUUCCUGCGGAAUUUGCUGAGAAUCUUAGACGGAAAUCGCUGAAAUACUUUUUAUCGCAAAAAGAACCGGAUUACAGCAUGGCCGUCUUCGUUUUGUUCCAAUGCAUUCAUAAAGAUAAGUGUUUAGAAUAUUUACGUUGCAAUAUGGUAAAUGAAUCCCAGAGAGCAGCGUUCCACACUUUACUGGAAUUUUACUAUAUUAAUAUUGGCGAAAUGGAACGAGCUGUGCAAGAGCGUGGCAAUCGGAUGCGCUUUAAAUUCUUCUACGAGCUGUGUAAGUUAGAUCCAUCUCUAAAAUCCAAAAAGACGCUGUCUUUCCACAAUAUUAUUGAUCUGACCAAGGAAAUGAAAAGCAAAGUGCUCAGCAUAGAACUGCUUCGUAAAAUGAGUGAAAAUUUCUCCUGGGAUUACCAGCAAGUCUUAGUAUCUCAGAUUAUAACGAUACUGAGUUUACAAGAGCUUGAGUUUGAAGUAACCCAAGACAAUUUUGGCAAGGAGCUCAUAACCAUCAAAACAACAGUGGAAGGUAUCCUAAAUCAAUGCCAACCGUACAUAAAUGAAGUGACAAACCAUGUACUACUCGCUACACGGUUGACAAAAUAUCUGGAAGAAAUGAACUACUAUUUCUACGAAAAGUUCCUUUGCGUGCUAAAUAUUUUCUCUCAAAUCAAUCAACUGCAGGAAGAAAUGUCCCUAUGGAAGAAAAUACUGGACUAUCUGAAAGAUGGUCUGACCAUCAAACGAGCUCAUCGCGCCGGACAAGUUGAACUUGACGCGUGGCUCAAGGUUCAUCCCGAUGGCGGAAUGUUACCGAAAAUUGCAAAAUAUCGUCUUCCCUUCAUGCUACUGAUCCGUCACCCGUUGAAGACUCUGCUGAAAGAAGAAAUUACGAUCGAUAACUACAAGAAACUGCUGGUGCUUGUACAGUUGAAGGCUCGGCUCGAAAACAUGGACCCGAUUGACCUGCAGGACUACUUCUGUAAGGCAGCUGUAAUCAAUUCGAUCUCUGAGUAUAAGAUUCAAGCUGAUGAGCUAACACCAGCCAGGGGCUGGCAUUUGCAUCCUGUUAAUAAUGCGUUUCUACAAUCGAUCCUUCGAGUGGUCGAUUGCGUGUCGGAUCUGUUGUCGAAACUUUUCAUUCUGUACUACGUUACAAACAAUGCACCGGAGGGUGCCGACCAGGUGGAAGCAGCCUAUGAGUGUUACAAAUUUGCGAGCCAGAACGAGGACGCACUGUCCGUCAGUGUCGAUGCAAAAGACAAAGUGGAGAAAAUUUUUCGAAAAUAUCCCAUUUUUAAAACUCAACAUUUGCUGCUACAGUAUGGUGUCAACGACGAAAAGCUAUUGGCUUUGGUGAAAAAUCCUCAAGAGCUAAUUCAUGCUCUCUACAGCGAAACACUGCAGCGGAAAGUCGACAUUAACAGUUUGGUUUGCGAAAUCUCGAAACUACACCAGAUAGACAUCGAUGCCAUUCAGGUGACUUUGAUUCAGAAAUGGCUCUCGAUUUUCGGGUCAGCCAACGAUUCAAGUGAAAAUAUGGAAGAAACUUUGUAUGAAGAUCACAACAUGGAAGAUGACUCUCUGGCAACUACGUCCGCCGAUGAGUACGUCGCAAGGGCUCACUACAUUCUGAAAAGCUGGGAUAGAGAGAAGAGUGUCCAGUUUCUCAUAUCGCAGCUUUGUACAAAUGAUGCAAACAUAGAUGCUAAGAAACAGCUAAAAAUCUAUGAUUGCUUCAGCAAGCUAAUUGAUGAUCACUGCAUGUCCUACGUACACGUGUUCAAUCCAAGCCACUACAUUGUGUUGAAGUGCAUCUACUUCCUCAAAUCGCUCGGCUUCAACAAUCUCACCAUGAGCAAAUUUGAAGAAACGGAAAAAAUGAGCUUGCUUAAACGCCUUUGGCAGUCGCAUGCAACUAACUCAAAGGGUCUCGAAGUAAUCGCCUAUAUUUGCUUAGGCUACAACAUUUUUGUACCUCAGAUCUGGAACGGUCUCCUAAAACAAAUGGCUCGCACUAACAUGGUGUCCCAUCUGACAAUGCUGCUGGACAUUGUGUCCGCGCAUGAGCAGCUCAUAACACUGGAAGGCUAUCGGAUGGCUUGGGAAACGAUAAUCAAAGCACCGUUCCGGAAUGCUAGCCGUGUGCGGUCCAUCGAUGAAGAUGCGGUUCUGUCCAAAUCGUUGAUACUACUGCAAAAGUGCCCAAUAUCGGCCUCGCUUAAUCUGCUAGAUAUUGCCGAAGUCUGCAUCAACGUUAACCGUGUCAGUAUGGCUGCGAUAUUGCUUCCAUACGCCAACGAGACUCAGAAGGACCCUCUUAAAAAGUUGAUCUUCAACAAUAUGGAACCAACUUUGAGACAGCAAAUCCUAGAUCUAGAGGAAUUUGGAAUUGCUUCAGUGGUUACACGAGCUGUGUUCAGUGAACUUAAUUUAAACAAAGACAGCAGAUCUGAAAUUUAA